AACGUUCCAAGCCGAAAUGAACCACAUUCUACGACCACUUCUGGACGAAUGCGUGGUGGUGUACCUGGACGACAUACUCAUCUACUCGCGCGACAUGAAGCAGCACGUCGAACACCUGCGACGCGUCUUCGAAAUUCUUCGACGAGAACGAUUCUACGUCAAACUGUCCAAGAGCGAAUUCGCCCUGGAGAAAGUCCAAUUUCUAGGACACUUGGUGAGCGCUCAAGGAGUUCACGUCGACCCCAAGAAAGUCGAAGCCGUACGUACGUGGAAGACACCCGAGAACGUUCGUGCCACAGUAUGCGAAACUCGCGACACCACUCACGAAUCUGCUGAAGAAGAACACGCCUACAAAUGGGAGACGAAGCACCAGGAAGCCGUGGAGCAGCUGAAACAAGCACUAACGUCCGCACCGGUGCUCAUCCUGCCAGAUCCCGAACGUGACUACGUCAUUGAAGCAGACGCCAGUGAUCAGGCCGUGGGUGCAGUCUUGAUGCAAGACCAGGGGAAUGGACUGCAACCAAUUGCCUACCUCAGCAAGAAACUGCACGGGGCAGAACUCAACUACCCGAUACACGACAAAGAGGCUCUUGCUAUCAUCAUCGCCUUCAAAGCGUGGAGAUGCUAUCUCGAAGGACGAAGAACGACCGUCUACACCGACCACUGCAGCCUGAAAUAUUUGAAGACACAACCCAACCUUUCCAGGCGGCAGGUCCGGUGGAUCGACUUCCUCGAGACACACUUCCACUACGACAUCGUGUACAAGCCCGGCCACAAGAACAAAGCAGACGCUCUCAGCCGGCCUGCACACGGAUCCACAAAAAUCUGGGUACCCAAUUACCCUCCUUUGCGCCAGUUACUACUCGAAGAAUACCACGACGUCCUGUACGCCGGACACUUCGGUAGCAACAAGACGCUCACCGGUAUCGCCAAACACUACUACUGGCCCCAUAUGGCAGACGACGUCCAGAAAUUCGUCACCUCGUGUGAUACAUGUCAGCGGAUGAAGAGCAGCAAGCAGAAAAAGGCGGGACUACUGCAGCCUCUUCCUGUCCCAGAACAACCAUGGCAAGUGGUUAGCCUAGAUUUCAUUACCGGGUUACCACCUACCUCCAGCGGUCAUGACGCCAUCCUUGUCGUCAUUGACAAGUUCUCCAAAAUGGGACACUUCAUCCCGACACACACGACGGCACGCACCGAGGAGACAGCACAGCUCUUCGUUCGUCACAUCAUCUCACAGCAUGGCAUCCCAACUACACUCAUCUCCGACCGAGACCCCAAGUUCACUAGCAAGUUCUGGAAGGAACUUAUGUCUCUUCUCGGGACCAAACUCGCCAUGUCAUCCGCAUACCAUCCGCAGACAGACGGACAGACCGAGCGCCUCAACCAAAUUGUUGAGCAACUCCUCCGAGCAGCCUGCAAGGACGACAUCUCCAAAUGGGACUUGCACCUGCCCGUACUCGAGUUUGCUUACAACAAUGCUACACAUGCUGCUACUGGACAGACGCCGUUCUUCCUCUGCUACGGACGCCACCCACUCACACCACAAAAACCGACAGCAUCAGCUACAGUCCAACCCGCACAUGAUUUCAUUACAACCAUGCACCAGCUUUGGGAUCGGACCCACAAGCGCCUACUCGAUAUUCAACAGCAACAGAAGCGCCAAGCCGAUCGCCAUCGCAACGAUCACACCAUCACGGUGGGAGACCAGGUGCUUCUUGACACCCGCAACCUGGACAUCAGCCACCUCCCAUCUAAACUUCGACCUCGCUUCUGCGGGCCUUUUCUCGUUGAAGCACAGUUUUCCCCUUGACGCGUCCGACUGGCACUUUUAC